AUGGCGCCCCGUAGUGCGCUUGCAAACAUCUCCUUUACGGUCGACUCGGCCUCGGAGGACGAAAUGACACACGACGAGCUCAAUGCGCUCCCAACACCCGACUCUAAUACCGAAAACAAGGCGCCGACGCGCAAAGCGCGUAGAACAGCUGCGCAAACCGAGAAACCUGCACCAGCUACCAAGGCGACUGCUAGAGGCAGGCCAGCGACGCGUCGGGUCAGCGGUAAUAGUGCGCUCGAAGUGAAGAAGGACAAUGCAACCGUUAAGAAGCGCACUGCUGUUACGGGCGGUCGCAAGGCACUUGCUGAGCGCAAGCAUGCGAACGGAAGCGAUACUGAAGAAGUGGAUGAGUUUGACGAGCCAGAGCCCGCAGUACAGACGAAGCCAACGAAGCGGGGGAGGCCAUCAGCAAAGAAGACACAAGAUGAGGAGCCA